AUGGCUGCGCGAAUGUCUGCGGCCGCGUUCGAGGUGCGCUUCAGAGAGGAGUUUGACGUUGGAACCGGCAAGCGGAAGCUGAAGUGCAGAUCUCGAAAACCAAUCGCAGAGCUUCACGAAAGUGACGAGCACCUCGUCGACAUCCUGCGCGGGCGGGGUGAUGGCAGCCGGAAGUUUCCAGACAGUUGCUCGGUGGAGCGGGUGGAGGCGCUGGUCUGCUUGGGGUGCGGGCGGCAGAUGGAGGAUAGCGAGGGGACGACGGUCGAUGGGACCAUUUUCCACCUCCUUGCUCCGGUGCCGACGCGCGUGGAGGUGUGGUCAUGCAACUGCGGCAGAACUUGGCACUACGAUGGGCGGGGUGACGGCGUCUUGAACUUCAACGACAAGUACCUGUUCUCCUACGAACUCUUGAAUUGGUACAGCAACCAGAUGUGGCGGACGAAGUACCCCUUCUACACGAUGUGGCAGGCGGUGCUGUCCAUGUACGCCGGCUCCGGGCUGCCCCCCGCCACUCUCCAAAGAUUCGUCAACCUCCGCUCCACGUUCCAAGACGCCUGGAUGGACUACAUAACCCUCCAGGACAUCGACUACGACACGUCUUUCAAGUGCGCAUGCCCGCACCCCGUUGGAGCGGCGCCUGAGCCCGAGUGCGUCAUUGGGGACGGCAUCAUGCUGGGGUACCGGGGGGACCUCAGCUUCCUCGUGUCCCCGUACGAGGCUGUCGAGGGGCCACUCAAAACGGGCUCCCUACAUCAAAAGCGGAUCUUCGUGAACGACAACGUGUGCCGAGACCUUCUCCUCAAGUUUGCUCGGCCAGUCGGAAAAGCGGGGGCGGGUCUAACGGAAGUAGAACUGGGGGGUCUGGAGACAACAGUCGCCGCCGCCUCAUUUUCGUCCCUGCGCUUCCUCCUCAAAACCCCCGAGCUGGAGAACGGAAGAUACCACAGCUCCCCCAUGUGCCGAGAGUUGCUUUUUGGGCUUGCAACGAAGAGCCCGGUUUGCGCAAUUCUGCCCGCGGAGGUCGAGCCAAUCGUAGAGCAUCUCCUCGAGAACGAAAGUCACUUCUUUCCAGACCUCGGGCAAGCCAGGCAACUCGCUGCUCGGGCCCCCGUUCUAUUCGACUUCGUGCGAGCUCAGCAUUCUGUAAGCGGGGGCCGUCUAACGGAUGAGUGCCUCCAGCUGUUAAGAGACCUGCUUAGGGUUGCGCGCCAAGCCUAUGUGGAGGAGCCACUAGCAGAGGUGGAAAAGCUGAAGAAGAAGAAGCUUCGGGACAACGAUGCGGCUGCGGGCGAUCCGAAUGGCGGGCGAACACCAAAAGACUGGUCCGACGAGGAAGCAUUUCUCCGGACCGGCCACUACUUUCCGAACCAGCCCAUCUGGCGCCCUCUUCAGAGGUACGCCGCCGACUACUUCAGCCAGAAAGUGGGGCCCACGUGCACGAAGUUCAAGGGCAAGCAUAAGAACGUGACCCCGGGGAUGUACCCCUUUUUCUGCACGGGGUGCAGCAAGUGCGUUGGGUUUGUCGUCCUCUCGGCAGCGGAGUCCCCGAGGGUGGUGUUCGAAGUGCUGUUCUGCCGGUGGCGACGGCUGAAAAUGUUUAUUUACGAUAACGUAUGCCAUCUCCAUACUUACGCUCUUAACAGAGAAGCGUCGUGGGCAGCUAGCGUGCAGUGGCUCAUCGACUGGAUGCACACAGUGAACCAUAAGGAGUGCAGUCCGGCUUACGGCAUCGCUAGGUACUCAAUCUUGCACAACAAGAAUUCACAGCUGUCCGAACAGAAGAAUUCUAGGCUCGUCUGCAUGAAAGCGCAAGCGGCGUUCAUGGGACAAGGCACGUUUUUACACUACGGACGAUACUUUCUGCACUGCUUGAAUAGGCAAAUAGAUCUCGGAGACCUGCCUGUACUGCCACACCUUAGAAACUAG